GAUUCAACUGAUUCACUGAGAAGAUCCGACUCUGAAAGAAUGAAUCAUUCACAAAAACAGACAUGGUUAGAACACGUGGUUUUGUAACCCGGAGAACCGUCCUCUGUGAAGCUCAGCAAUGGGCAGUGUGUUGGCUGCCAGUGCACCCAGCCCAGCUGCACCAGGGCCAGGUGGAGCAGGUUUGGUGUCAGUACCUCCAGGAUUCACGAUGCCCUCCGUCUCACCCGUCUCUGAGCCCGGCAGCUCUUCACCUGGGCGCCAGGAGUCUGAGCCUCCUCUUCCAAACCCUGGUGGCUUUGAAGAGUGCCAUCGCAAGUGCAAAGAGGUGUUUCCUGUGCAGAUGGAGGGUGUUAGACUAACAGUGAGCAAAGCUUUGAGCAACCACUUCCAGGUCAGCCACACAGUGUUGUUAAGCACUCUAGGAGAUUCCAGUUACAGGUUUGGAGCAACAUAUGUGGGGACCAAACAAACAGGACCAGCAGAGGCCUUUCCCGUCAUGGUUGGUGACAUGGACAACACAGGGAGCCUAAAUGCACAGAUUAUUCAUCAGAUCACAGACAGAGUGCGCUCAAAAUUUGCCUUCCAGACUCAGCAGCAGAAGUUUGUGAACUGGCAAGGAGAUGCUGAAUUCAAAGGGGAAGAUUUCACUGCCACUGUGACCUUUGGCAACCCAGACGUCUUGGUUGGUUCUGGAAUUGUUAUAGCUCAUUAUCUCCAGUCCAUCACUCCGUCACUGGCAUUAGGGGGAGAGCUGGUGUACCACCGACGGCCCGGAGAAGAGGGAACAGUCAUGUCUCUGGCGGGCCGAUAUACAGGCAGCAACUUUAUCGCCACAUUGACACUAGGAGGAGCUGGAGCUCACGGGUCGUAUUACCACAAAGCCAAUGAUCAGUUGCAGGUUGGCGUGGAGUUUGAAGCGAGCACCCGUACGCAGGACACUAGUGUAUCAUUUGGAUACCAGCUGGACGUCCCCAAAGCUGAUCUUGUCUUUAAAGGUUCUUUAGACAGUAACUGGGUGGUUGGAGCAACGCUUGAAAAAAAGCUGCAGCCUCUGCCUCUGUCACUGGCCCUCUGUGCUUUCCUAAACCAAAGAAAAAACAAGUUCCAGUGUGGGUUUGGUGUCACCGUUGGUUAAACCUAACCUCUUUCUUGGUUAAUGCUGCAGUUUACACACCAGUGCCAUUGCUGGUGAAACGGUACAGUUUGGACACACUUGCAUAUACCAUAUGCAUGUAAUAUUUGUUCUAAGUUCCAUGUUCCAUCAGACAACCCUUUUUGUUAUUCUUGUAAUAUAAGCAAAAAGCAGUGAUAAUUGCAGUAUCUGAAAAAAGGUAAUUUAAAGAACAUCACUACUGCCUGAUGCAUUAUAAGAGAAACCAAGAAGAAAUACACAUACACAAUUGUUUAUUCAAAGUCAUUUUAUAUAUACAUCAAGCAAUGAUUGUUUUUUGUUUAAUAGAGUGCAUUGUGAGUAUUGUGAAACAUGGAUAAAUGAUUAAAACAAAACAUAUCUGUCUAUCAAA